AUGGGCACCCGGUGGCUGCUGUCGCCACUGCUGCUGCUGCUGCUAUUGAGCCCAGUGGGCGCCGGUGCCCAGGACGAGGACGCAGACUAUGAAGAGCUCAUGCUAGCCCUCCCGUCCCAGGAGGAUAGCCUGGCGGAUGAGGUCCCGCAUGUGGCCACUGCCACCUUUCGCCGGUGCUCUAAGGAGGCCUGGAGGCUGCCAGGCACCUACGUGGUGGUGCUAACAGAGAAGACAGAGCGGCUGCAGAUUGAGCAAGCCACCCAUCGCCUGCAGAUCCGGGCUGCCCGCCGGGGCUACGUCAUCAAGGUUCUCCACAUCUUCUAUGACCUCUUCUCUGGCUUCCUGGUGAAGAUGAGCAGUGACCUGUUGGGCCUGGCCUUGCAGCUGCCCCACGUGGAGUACAUUGAGGAAGAUUCCUAUGUCUUUGCCCAGAGCAUCCCUUGGAACCUGGAGCGGAUUUUGCCAGCAGGGCACCAGAGAGAGGAAUACAGCUCCUCCAAUGGAAGUGGCCAGGUAGAGGUGUAUCUCUUAGACACCAGCAUCCAGAGUGACCAUCGGGAAAUUGAGGGCAGGAUCACCAUCACUGACUUCAACAGUGUGCCUGAGGAGGAUGGGACACGCUUCCACAGACAGGCCAGCAAGUGUGACAGCCAUGGCACCCACCUGGCAGGUGUGGUCAGCGGCCGGGAUGCCGGUGUGGCCAAGGGCACCAGUCUGCACAGUCUGCGUGUGCUCAACUGUCAAGGAAAGGGCACGGUCAGCAGCACCCUCAUAGGCGAAAUGCCAGCGUUCCCCCCAGGAGCUGCCUUUCUCAUGGGGGACGGCAUUUCAUCGGCACACAAAGGGGCGUUUGAGUUGGCUAGUCCAGAGGCAAGAUCUUCCUAUCCCCAUUGUGGCCCUUAUCUUUCUCUGCCACCCACCUCCUCACCUUGCCAGGUCAUCACAGUUGGGGCUACCAAUGUCCAGGACCAGCCAGUCACCCUGGGGACCUUGGGGACCAACUUUGGUCGCUGCGUUGACCUCUUUGCUCCCGGGAAGGACAUCAUUGGUGCUUCCAGUGACUGCAGCACAUGCUUCACGUCACAGAGUGGGACAUCACAGGCUGCCGCUCAUGUGGCUGGCAUCGUAGCCAGGAUGCUAACCCUGGAGCCGGAGCUCACCUUGGCUGAGCUGCGGCAGAGGUUGAUCCACUUCUCCACCAAAGAUGUCAUCAACAUGGCCUGGUUCCCUGAGGACCAGGAGGUGCUGACCCCCAACCUGGUGGCCACACUGCCCCCCAGCACUCAUGGGACAGGCGGGCAGCUGCUCUGCCGGACGGUGUGGUCAGCACACUCGGGGCCCACACGGACGGCAACUGCUGCAGCCCACUGUGCCCCAGAAGAGGAGCUGCUGAGCUGUUCCAGCUUCUCCAGGAGCGGGAGGCGACGGGGUGAUCGGAUAGAGACCACAGGGGGCCAGCAGGUCUGCAAGGCCCUCAAUGCAUUUGGGGGUGAGGGUGUCUAUGCUGUCGCUAGGUGCUGCCUGCUUCCCCGUGCCAACUGUAGCAUUCACACUACCCCUGCUGCCAGAGCUAGCCUGGAGACCCAUGUCCACUGCCACCGGAAGGACCAUGUGCUCACAGGCUGCAGCUUCCACUGGGAGGUGGAAGACACCGGUGUCCUGCGGCAGGCUGUGCUGAGAUCCAGACAUCGGCCUGGCCAGUGUGUUGGCCACCAGGAGGCCAGCGUCCACGCUUCCUGUUGCCAUGCCCCAGGCCUGGAGUGCAAAAUCAAGGAGCAUGGGAUCUCAGGUCCUGCAGAGCAGGUCACCGUGGCCUGUGAGGCAGGCUGGACCCUGACUGGAUGCAAUGUUCUCCCUGGGGCAUCCAACACUCUGGGGGCCUAUGCUGUGGACAACACAUGUGUGGCAAAAAUUCGUGACACUGAUCCAGCAGGCAGGACCAGCAAGGAAGCCACAGUAGCUGCUGCCAUCUGCUGCCGGAGUCGGCCUUCAGCCAAGGCUUUGUGGGCUCACCAGUGA